AUGCUACUCUCCCUGCUCUUACUCGCCUUAUCGCCUCUGGUCCAAGUCCAAAGUCUGACCACAUCCGAUCUACGCUCUCGAUCGAUAUACCAGGUCCUCACAGAUAGAUUCGCCCGUUCAGACGAUCAGAUAACGGCGUGUGAUCCCGCUGAGAAGAAACAUUGCGGAGGGAGUUGGAAGGGUAUAGAGAGGAAAUUGGAUUAUAUACAAGGAAUGGGAUUUGAUACGAUAUGGAUAUCACCGGUUGUAGCUAAUAUAGAUGGAUUAUAUGAUCAUGAAUCGUAUCAUGGAUACUGGACAUCGAAUAUCUUUGAGCUAAAUAAGCACUUCGGUACACCUCAAGAUCUACUUGAUCUUAGUGCUGCUAUACAUGUACGAGGGAUGUACCUCAUGGUGGAUGUGGUCGCGAACCACGUAGGAGUAGAGUCGAAAGAUGCUUUCCUACCUUCUCAGAGGUAUGGACCGUUCAAUUCGCCUGCGGACUUCCAUACGUACUGUUCGCCAGAUUGGGAUGAUCAGUGGGAUGUUGAAAACUGCUGGUUAUCCGAAAAUAUGCCCGACCUCAACACCGAAUCCCCACACGUUAUUGCUUCUCUGUACAGCUGGAUCCAAGAUCUCGUUAAGGUAUUCCACGUUGAUGCCUUGAGGAUAGAUACUGUUAAACAUGUCCGGAAAGAUUUUUGGCCAGGUUUCGUAAAAGCUGCUGGAGUGGUGGCUAUGGGCGAAGUUCUACAUGGAGAUCCAGCAUACCUUGCGCCGUAUCAGAAAGAAAGUAUGACUAGUAUAUUGGAUUUUGCGACUUUCUUUCAUAUCAGACGAUCUUUUGAAACUCCCCUCGGCUCGAUGACGGAAUUGGUAGAUAUGAUCACCAAAGUUCAUAGACUAUUUCCUGACCCCACCACUCUGGGAUCUUUCCUAGAUAAUCACGACUUCCCAAGGUUUGCUGGAUUGACAGAUGAUCCAUCGUUGAUCAAGAAUGCCGCUGUAUAUCCAUUUGUCAAUGAUGGGUUCCCGAUAUUCUACCAAGGGGGAGAACACGGCCUUCGUGGUGGACAUGAUCCUUUGAACCGAGAAGCGAUGUGGUCAUAUGGAUAUCCCGAAAUAACGAACGCAUACGCUAUUAUCAAAUCAUUAAACGAAGCUCGUCGAUCUGCAUUCACGUCUCAUCCUGAAUUUCUUACGACAUUGAUGAAACCUUAUCAAUUGGGUAAUCAUACCAUCGCAUUAUCCAAACCACCUUUAUUAUCCGUAUUGACAAAUUACGGAUCAUCCGUACCAGCCACUGGAAUACAUUUGAAUCCUGAACAAACAGGAUAUAAACCAUUGUUACCAAUUAUCGACGUAUUGUCCGGACAGAUAUUUUCGACAGACCCUAGAGGUGCAUUGACAGUCUCGCUCGUCAAUGGCGAACCGAGAGUAUUCCUGCCUUUAUCGGUACAUCGAGGAUUAUCAGGCAAAGCCGCAUGGCAAGCUCUACCCAACCAGAUCGACUUAGAGAUGACGAUGAGAUUACCUUCUCCGGGGACUGAAAGAGGUCAUAGUAUGAGACCUAGCUUGAGUGGGUUGAUUGGAUGGUGGUCGAGUAGCAGGGGAAAGUUCAAUGAUGUAUGA